AUGGAAGAUACUAUGAUUGGUGCUUCUGAAGUUGACAACAUUCCUAUUGACCCUGCUCAAAAUGUUUGUAAAGGACAACUUCGACCUGGUCAAAUCCUCUUAGUUGAUACAGCUGUAGGUCUAAUUGUUGUUGUUGAAGAAUUGAAACACAUAAUGGCUUCUACACGUCCAUACAAACAAUAG